CUUUUGUUUCAUCAACAUCGCCACCAGGGCAUCAAAUCUCAAUGCGCAAUUCGUUCAAAUACUUUAGCCGUCUUAUCAAACGCCUAUAAACGCAUCGGAUGUGGAAAAGGAGGGGCAACGCGGCCACAGCAACGCGCUACACUUGUGAGGGUUUUCACCACUCAUAGCAGUGUAGGGGAACCGUCCCAGAUACAUCAAUAUGGCGGCAAAUGAGGAUUGCGCUUCCGUCCUGGAACAAUUCAUUCAUGAUGCCGCCAAUUUACCCGCCGAAAUCAAUCACAUGAUGGAGGAAAUCCAGGCCAAGGACAAGGAGUUGCAAAAAUGUCUUUCUGUCGUCAACCAAAAAGACAACAACAUUCAGAAACACCUGAAGGUCAACGGCGUCCUGGCACCUCAUCCCAAGGAGAACGAGUAUGCCGAGUUGGUCAAGAAGAAUUACGACUCAUGCGAUCAGCUACAGGAUCAAAAACUUGCCCUAAGUGAGAGAGCUUGCAGUAUUCUCGAACGGCAUCUUAAACGAAUUGACACCAAGAUCCGAGAAUUACAGAAUGACGGUCAGCUUGUGGAUGGUCCGCCACUACCGAGUGUCUUCAACCGCAAGGCAGAGGCACCAAAACCGCUCAUAGAUUUGCCCGCCAAUCUACCUCUACAGAAUGCAUCCAUUAGCGCGCUCAACUCAAAUGCUCACAGAAUCAAUGCACAAAUGGCAGCUACUAUACAGCAUGCUCAAGCGAGACAGCUCCCACAAAUAUCAACAAACACUACCCCUACACAACGUACCUCAGCGCCAGCAACUCCGGCAUCAGCUGUCCAACAGCAACGGCAACGAGAACGCGAAAAUUCUGCUGGAGCUGAUAACAAACGUCGUAAAUUGACAGCAGGCUCAAAUCUACCUGCUCACCCGUCGGGUCUAAGGCAAUCGUCGCUGGGUCCUGGCACUCCCAAAGCAGCAACUCCGACCGCAACCACUACCAGCCGGGCUGGCAGUCUACCCAGGACUGCGGCGCCUCAACAGGCCGUGGCUCCUCCGAAGAAAUCAGGCCUUUCAAAGAAGGUCAUCCCGCACCAACAAGUCAACAAGCUGAAACAGAAAUCUAUGAUGAAGGGAAGGUUGUCGGCCGGGCGCAAGAAGGGGCAAUCUCCGUCUGUUCGUGGAGGCCGUGGUGGAACCGCCGCAUCAGAAGACGCAGACUCGGUGCUUUCUUCUGCAGAUGCCUCAGAGACCGAUGGAUCACAGUCAAGACGGAAGCGAGGCAACAAAAAGCAAGUCCAGGAUGAAAAUGAUGUGGACAUGGGAGAGGAUGAAGAAGUGGAAGAUGAAGAAGGCGAAGAUGAUAAGCGAUAUUGUUUCUGCAACCAGCGCUCUUAUGGAGAAAUGGUGGCUUGCGAGAACGACGACUGCCCGUACCAAUGGUUCCAUACCGGCUGCCUGAACAUGAAGAAGGUGCCGGAUGAGGAUGAAGAUUGGUAUUGUCCAACUUGCAGAGAGAAGCCGGAGAUCAUCGAAAAGGUCCGACUUAAGAAGAAGCCUGGAAGGAAGUAGUCUUCAUGGUUCGCAAACUUUCUGUAAAGGUGUACAUAUUAGGUAGUUCUUACCGUGCCACACGGGCAUGCCGACAUCGAAGUGUCAGAGUCCAAAAUCAUCUGCCUCUCCUUGGGGGUUUCUGGUAUCUCUCC